GCGAUCUUCAAAUAACUUCAGAACCACAUUGGAUCGCGUUAUAAAAACUAACAGCAUUUCGUAGUUAAUUGUUGUAAGAGUUCAUUGUUUAUCGGCGCGAUUGCAUAAACAAACAAUUGACCAAUUAAAUAAAAAUUCCAAAAUUCAUUCCUGUCUUCCGAUAAAUUAGUGUUUUUUUUUUGUUAAUUAUGGAUUUAAUGAAAAGUGGAUGGUUUAGUGAAGUUUCCGAAUUAUGGCCAGGUCAAUCGUUUUCACUGGAAAUAAAACAAGUUCUUUUUCAUAAAAAAUCCAAAUUUCAAGACGUACUGAUUGUGCAAACCAAAAAUCAUGGAAGAGCCCUAAUCUUAGACGGAAUAAUUCAAUGCACGGAAUUUGACGAAUUCUCCUAUCAAGAAAUGAUAAGCUUUUUACCAUUGUGCGUCCAUAAGAACCCAGAAAAGGUGCUUGUUGUUGGCGGAGGAGACGGCGGAGUUGCCAGGGAAGUGGCUAAGCAUCCUUUGGUUAAAGAAUUUGUACAAGUGGAAAUUGAUUCAAUGGUAAUAGAACAAAGUAAAAAAUUCCUACCAUUUAUGGCCAAGGGUUUUGAAUCACCCAAGUUGACUUUAGUGGUGGGAGAUGGUUUUGAAUACAUGAAAAAACAUCAAAACGAGUUUGACGUUAUUAUAACCGAUUCCUCAGAUCCCGUAGGUCCUGCUGUUAACCUUUUUACCGAAGGCUAUUUUCACUUGUUGAAAACUGCAUUGAAACCUCAUGGAGUUAUUUGUUCUCAAGCAGGUACAGUAUGGUCAGACUUGCAUCACGUCAAAGAAACUCUAAAAAAUUGUCAAAAACACUUUCCUGCAGUCAAAUAUUCAAUAUCCAGUGUUCCAACUUAUCCCAAUGGGCAAAUUGGCUAUUUGGUUGCUUCCUUAGAUGAAAACGUAGAUCUCACUAAGCCUGUUUAUAGGUUAAGUGAAAAUCAAAUUGAGGCAUUGAGUUUACGCUAUUAUAAUUCUCAAAUUCACGAGGCUUCGUUUGUUCUACCGAAUUUUUUUAAUAGAACUUUGUGGAGUUAGUCUCUAACUGACUAUUUGUUUUUAACGUAAAUAAAAGAUUUUUAAUCCUGCAAAAUUCAUAUUUUUGUGUGCCUAUUUGCUAUUUGGAUUUACUUGAUUUUCAGGUUAUUGGACUCGACGCUGUCAUGCCUUCAUUUGGAGGGAACCCUGAAAGUUGCUGCAAAAUAGUAAAGUGAUUAGGAAAUGAUUCUGGAAUAAUUUACAUGCAUUUGAAGCUCUGACUGACAUAAAGAGCCUAAAAAAUCCGCAUAUAUCGCCCAUUUUCCUCAAAUAUACUUUGCUAAAAUAACAAAAAGACAUAUUGUGACUUUGAGCGGUUCGAGCCUAGACCCUUUUGUUGAAAGCUUGAAAAUCUAUCUCGUGUGCUCGUAUUAAUAAAAAAAU